GAUAAGAAGAAAAUUGGAGGCAGUCAGCCCAUAGUCCACCCGAAUUCCCAUGUUAUUUCGUAUUCCGCGUGGGUCUUAGAUCGGAGAUACUGUACGGGGUAUAAAAACCCUGAAAUCCCCAAGAAACUGCGGAGCUAUGCAAUUGAUAUGAAAUGCUACAAGAGUGGCUUUAUUCACCAUGCAUUAUUACAUCCAAUAACAUUACAAUUUCUACCAUGGAGCGCUUUUUCCUCAGUGGGGUUUCCAUUCUGGUUGUUAGUGGAGGCAUUGGGAAUCUCACGUUCGCGAUUGAGGCGCAUCGGAAAGGCCAUGAUGUUCGCGUAUAAGAAAAGCGUCUCAACUUCAGCGGGCGACCUUCUAUUAUUGGAAUGCAAUGCCCUACACACAGUCAAGAAGUGGCCCGGCUUCUACGAACGACUGGAAGCAAUCUCUACAAAACCCAGCGAAACGUGAAAAUAUGACGGAGCCUGGAUUGGAAGUUUGCCGUUAGGUGAUGGUCAGGAUGCAUCCUUGCCCUUC